AUGUUUUUUCAGACCUUGGUGGCAUUGCACGGCCCUCAAAAUUUCCGGAACGGCAAAAAGCGGGAUUCGUCCAGUCUGUUGGGCAGCAAAGAGAAAUUAGUCAAAGACACGGAUGACCAGGACAACGAUGCCUUCUGUGAAGGCGAGUGCGGAGUUGAUGCAGACGUGCCUUUGACACGUGAUGAAGUGAUGGUCAUUGAAGGGCUUUUGAAUUUGAAAGAGAAGAAUGUGGGUGUGGCCAUGGUGGAGUUUGAAGACGCCUUUGUGCUGAGUUUGGACGCUGUCUUGGAUUUCAAAACCUACGACAAGAUAGUGAAGAAGGGAUUUUCACGGAUUCCAGUGUACGAUGGAACCCCUCAAAAUAUUGUCAAGAUCCUGUUGGUGAAAACGCUGAUCACCGUGGAUCCACAAGACAAAAUCUCCAUUCGGAAUCUUUUGAGGAGAGCGGACUUCCACGCUGUGAAUCCGGCAUUCGUGCAAGUGGACAGGCCGUUGAGUGACGUGCUCAACGACUUCAAGGCAGCCAGAGCUGGUCAUCUUUCCAUCGUGCAGAAAAACGACGGCAGUGGAGAAGUCAGUGAUUCCAUAAAUUCGCACUGGGAACGUGGAGAAACAGGAAGCUUGAUGGAAAGCAUGGAACAAGAACGCGGCGAAAGUCCUCUUGUGCAUCCCGAACAUCCUAGCACAAAGCGUCGAUUUCACAGGCAGGCUAGUGCUGGACACAUUCCGCACUACGCAGGUCGAUUACAAGAAUUUUACAUGACCGACCCUGAAUCGUCAGGCUCUGAAAUCAACCCUGGGUCUCUGAACUCGGUCCUCAGCAAAGACAUUCCAGUCGUGUCGGAAAUUCAUCAUCAUCAGCAGCAGCAGCAGGAUUCAAUGGAAGCCUUUCGCCAAAAUAUCGCCGGGCAUUUUUGCAGCGACGGGGAACGAAUCAGCGCUGACGUGAUUGUGCAUUCGUCUGAAUCUGGGAAGAAUGGAAGCAUUGGUGCCAAUUCGCAACGCGACCAAGAAAAUGGAUCUCGGAACGGUCAAGUGGACGACGGGGAACGAAUCAGCGCUGACGUGAUUGUGCAUUCGUCUGAAUCUGGGAAGAAUGGAAGCAUUGGUGCCAAUUCGCAACGCGACCAAGAAAAUGGAUCUCGGAACGGUCAAGUGGAGUGA